AUGCGAAAUCCAACGCGCUCUGCAGAGACCGCCAAAUCUGUCGAAGCAGCCGGUGGGAAGGUCUUCCAACUCGAUGUAUCUAGACCUCAAUGCGAGAUAUUUAAGGCUAUUGAGACAGCUGAAGCUAUCUAUGGCAGAAUUGAUGUUCUGGUCAACAACGCUGGAUACUCCGUCUUCGGUCCGGCCGAGACUUUUAGUGAGAUAGAGAUCACUCAGCUAUUCCAGACCAACGUAUUUGGGACAUUCUAUUUAACUCAAGCCAUCCUACCAGGCAUGCGAUCCCGCCGCUCUGGCACGAUCGUCAGUGUGAGCAGUAAUGGUGGUCAAGUUGGUACUCCUACAUGCAGCCUCUACGCGGAUAGCAAGUUCAGUCUGGAAGGCUUCAGCGAAGCACUGUCUAAGGAGAUAUCUGAGUUUGGCAUCUCGACCCUCAUCGUCGAACCGGGUGCUUUCCGGACCAACUUCCUCCAUGCUAUGAAGGCCAGCGAGAACGGUAUACCAGAAGCGUACAAGGGCACUACGGCAGACCAGGCACUUGACAGGUUCAAGGCAGCAGCAGGGAAACAAAUUGGCGACCCAGUGAAGGCAGCCGAGAGGAUGUUUGAGGUCAUUGUGGGAGAGGGACAAGGUGGGCCACUGAAGGGCAAGAUUUUAAGGCUGGUUCUGGGCAAAGAUGCACAUGACAGAAUAACAGCAAAGAUUGAGCAGCAGCAGAGUGACAUGGAGGCGGCACGUGAAGUCACUUUCUCAACAGAUUUGUAG